AUGGCGGUGGUCCCGCCUUUGGUGUAUGCAGAUCAAGCUAUUUCGAUCAUUCGCAGAGAGGAUUCCACUGGCUUCUCAAGAGACGUCUGUGCUAUUCUGCUACUGGCGAACAUCACGAGAUGUUUCUUCUGGCUAGGGGAGCCUUUUGAGCUGCCACUGCUCUUUCAGUCUAUAUUCAUGAUCUUGUCUCAACUUGCGCUUCUCUACAUAUGCAUACGAUACCGUCCCAAAGUUAGUCCUGAAAACCUCGGGACCUCGUCAAGGCCGCUGUCAUUUUGGCAGUGGCCAUCGUAUGUGCAGUAUCUAGAAUUCCUCGCUGGCUUCCUGUAA